CGGAGACGGGCGGGCAUGGGCCGCGCAGCCGCCGGCUCCCCAGGUCGUCGCAGGCAGCGGCGCCGAGCCUCCCGGGGGCGGCGGCGCCGCCGAGCCCCCCGGAGGCGGAGGGCUCGAGCGUGCUGUCGCAGGAGGGCGCGCCCCCGGCUUCCGCCGACUCCCAAGAGCCCUGGGCAGGCGGGGACCGCGGCCGGGGAAAGCUUUGGCUGCGGCAGCGAGUCCCAAGACCCGGUGCGCGCGGGGCCCCCACAUCCGCGGGCGGCGUCCCCACCCACUGGGGUACCUGGCGGGUGCGCGUCCCGCGACGACUGGCGCUGUGCUCGCUCCAUGCACGAAUUCUCAGCUAAGGACAUCGACGGGCGCAUGGUUAACCUGGACAAGUACCGGGGCUACGUGUGCAUCGUCACCAAUGUGGCCUCGCAAUGAGGCAAGACAGAGGUAAACUACACUCAGCUGGUCGACCUGCACGCCCGAUUCGCUGAGCGUGGUUUACGGAUCCUGGCCUUCCCUUGCAACCAGUUCGGGAAGCAGGAGCCAGGGAGUAACGCCGAGAUCAAAGAGUUCGCUGCCGGCUAUAACGUCAAAUUUGACAUGUUCAGCAAGAUCUGUGUGAAUGGGGAUGAUGCCCACCCACUGUGGAAGUGGAUGAAAGUCCAGCCCAAGGGGAGGGGCAUGCUGGGAAAUGCCAUCAAAUGGAACUUCACCAAGUUCCUCAUUGACAAGAACGGCUGUGUGGUGAAGCGGUACGGUCCCAUGGAAGAGCCCCUGGUGAUAGAGAAGGACCUGCCGUGCUACCUCUAGCUCCACAAGUGUGCUCCCCCGACCCGAGCCUGCCGCCUGUGCCCCUCGGAGCCUUCCACCCGGCGUCCAUGAUGGUCUGCCUG